AUGGGCCUCACUAUCGUGGCUGUUUCGACAUUUAUCUCUACCAUUCUUCUCUCUGACUUUACUACAACAAAGGUCGCCUCCCCAGGCGUGACGCGCAACCAGGCCAUUGCAUCCAAACACCCUGCCGAUUGGCGCUUCAACUACAACGGCCCUACAUACUGGAGAUCUAAACCAUCUGCUCAAUGGCGCUUCGCGGAGUCUCAAAUUGGAAAAUCUCGGUACGGUGACACUGGCGACGUUUAUCGUGCCAUGUUACCAUUUUCGGAUGUGACCUCAAGAACAUCGCUUGAGUCCUACGACGGGCCUGCUAUGGUUGCCAACGUUCGUACCGUUUGUCGCGCGCCCUCAUUGAAGAACUCGAGUAUCUCUGCAAACGGAUUAGUUAGCCCGCACUUCGGAAACGCGACGGAUAGUGUGUCAGCGGUUUUAAAUACGACAGGGCCGGCUGAAUAUCCUAAGACAGAAAGAGAUCACACUUUCCAGCAAAUGCUCCUUGUCAAUGCGACGACCAACAUUGCUGCCGACGGGUUUAGGGAUACUAAUGGAGGAACCCCGCCUAAGCGUCUACGGAAUCUGACUUAUGAGAUGGGGGAUGUAUGGACCAAAGCAUAUGAUGCCAGUGGGGGUCAUGUUCUAAGUGCCACUUUUUGUUUCUUCAACACAUACCCUGCGCAGAUAUACAAUGUUAGCAUGUCUGGGCGACAAAUUGCCAGGGAACCCAGUCUCCAUCCCCGCAAGAUUGAUGAUGCUCGUCUUCAGCUUGGGAACGAGAAAGACUCCGCAAAGCGCGGGAUUCUUGACCUCAACAUCGGAUCACUUCUGAAUGUUAGCUCUCGUCUUGUAGACUUUGUCGAAGGAGUGCCGAUGAAGGAUGGACCGACCCACGAUCCAUACUAUAGGACUUUGGGGCUCGAACGUCCAUCAAUGUCUAAUACGACUUGGGGCAUGAUGCCGCCAGCACAGGAAUUCGAGCAAGGAUGGUCAGCGAACCCUGCACACGUUUCGCUCUUUCAGAGUAUUAUACAGGACACAGAAGAUCCUGCCACGGCGGUUCAAGGUUUGAUGACUCGACUGUAUCAGAUGGUCUAUUACAACUGGCUUGAAGAAUACGACCUCAAAUACCCUGUGAACACUAUACAUACGGCGGAUCGACUCAUACCUACAAGAUUGACUGGACUUAUUAUUGUUCUCGUUCUUGUCGCGAUACAUCUUGGGCUCGUCUUGACGACUAUUGUUCUCUUUGCGCUCAAGACCAAGGCUUCGGCGCUUGGGAACACUUGGCAUACUCUUGCGCAGACAGCGCGAAUGACGGAUGGCGCCGAGGGGGCUGAUAUGAUGUUAGAUGAUGAGGUCGAGAAGUGGGCGAAGGCAACUGGUAGAGACAGCGACGUCUGUGGUAUAACGAAGUCGGGCGAGAAUGGCAAGGUCGGGGUUCAAUUGUUGAAACAGAGGAAGGGCUGA